AUGGUUUCGUUCAAAGUCAUCCUGUCUUCUAUUGCCCUUUCUUCGGCGGUACUAGCAGUGCCGCAGACAAACUACACUGGCCUCUGCUACACCGACAUCACCAACAUCGACGAUAACAUCAAGGAGCUGACCGAAAAGGUUCAAGACUUUAAUGGCGGUCUCUUCUCGGCCGCGCAACAGAUCCCGCUCGCUCUGGAAGCAACUGUGGCUACGGCCAGCGCAGGGCUGCACGCUGCCUUUCUCGAUAGUCCUCUCCUGGUCGAUGAUUUGCUGCGUCUUGCUGACCAUGUGAAUAAGACGCUGGCGGUGGACAGUCCCCUCGCUAUGCAGGCUUUGGUUUCAAAGGAGUCGGUGUACGAGCAGAUUGGGUUGAAGGGCCCCAUUCAUCUGUGGUUGAAGGCGUACCUGAUUCUAUUUCAGCAAUUUGCGAAGAACAUUCUCGAUCGCGUGCCUGCUGGCGCUCCAAACGACCGGUCCGAGGUUUUAAACAGUGAUUUGCAGAUCAUUAUGGAUGCGGUGCGGAAGGCCAUGAAGGUAUAUGAAUAG